AUGAAUGUCAUUAAUGGUGGUUCGCAUGCUGGUAACAAACUGGCGAUGCAAGAAUUUAUGAUUAUGCCUGUUGGAGCUAGUUCAUUCAGCGAGGCAAUGCGCAUGGGUUCCGAAAUUUACCAUUACUUGAAGGCGGAGAUCAAAAAACGCUAUGGUCUCGAUGCAACAGCAGUGGGUGAUGAAGGUGGUUUUGCUCCUAAUAUUCAAGAUAAUAAGGAAGGUCUUGAUUUGCUGAAUACAGCUAUUGCAACGGCUGGAUACACAGGAAAAGUAUCAAUUGCCAUGGAUUGUGCGGCGUCCGAAUAUUAUAAGGAAGCGGAUAAGCUAUAUGAUUUAGACUUCAAGAAUCCAAAUUCGGAUAAAAGCCAAUGGAAAACUGGUGAACAAAUGAUGGAAAUUUAUCAGUCAUUCAUUAAGGAAUAUCCAGUAGUGUCAAUUGAAGAUUGGUUUGACCAGGAUGAUUGGGUCAAUUGGACCAAAGCACUGGCCAAUACGCAUAUUCAAAUUGUUGGCGAUGAUUUGACUGUUACAAAUCCGAAGAGAAUUGCGAUGGCUGCUGAGAAGAAAGCUUGCAACUGCCUGUUGCUCAAGGUAAAUCAAAUUGGCUCCGUGACAGAAUCAAUUGAUGCGGCUAACUUAGCUCGUCAAAAUGGGUGGGGUGUGAUGGUAUCGCAUCGUUCGGGUGAAACGGAAGAUACAUUCAUUGCAGAUCUCGUCGUUGGUCUUGCUACCGGACAGAUCAAAACUGGAGCACCAUGCCGUUCGGAGCGUUUAGCCAAAUACAAUCAGAUACUUCGUAUCGAAGAAGAACUUGGAUCAGCUGCAAUUUAUGCUGGUCAUAAAUUCCGAAAUCCUCAAGCGUAG